CAUCUGCUUUUCAAGCAGCUUCUACGAAGUGGUCUAUCGUCGUAAUUUUCGCUUUUGCAAAGUACUCGUCGCAAUAAAAACAGCAAAAUUUGCAUUGAAUUUCGUUCUUCGGGUGCCGAAUAUUGUGAACUGUGAAAAUCUGACAAUGGACAGCCCAUGUGAGUCUGAAAGCUCACUGGACGGUGGAGCCAUGCUACCACCGAGUCCGGUCUCCCGGGAGCAACUACAGAAGCGUAUAGAAAGCUUAACGCAACAGAACAAGGUCCUAAAAGUGGAACUUGAAACUUACAAAAUUCGCGUUAAGGUUAUCCAAGAGGAGAAUCGUUCUCUACGACAAGCAUCUGUUAUUAUUCAAGCAAAAGCCGAACAAGAGGAAGAAUAUAUCUCCAAUACGUUGCUGAAAAAGAUCCAGGCCCUUAAGAAGGAGAAAGAAUCGCUCGCUCAUCACUAUGAACGCGAAGAAGAGUGUCUAACCAAUGAUCUUUCGCGCAAGCUGGAUCAGUUGCGCCAGGAAAAGUGCAAACUUGAACUGACACUCGAACAAGAGCAGGAAUGUUUGGUUAACAAGUUGAUGAGAAAAAUUGAAAAACUUGAGGCGGAAACGUCAGCCAAACAAAAUCACUUAGAACAGUUACGCCGCGAAAUGGUUGAGCUGGAGAACACAUUGGAACAAGAGCAAGAAGCUUUAGUAAACAAGUUGUGGAAGCGUAUGGACAAAUUGGAAGCGGAGAAACGAUCACUGCAAAUCAAACUUGAUCAGCCUGUGUCGGAUCCAACUAGUCCUAAGGAAAUUAAUCAUCGUAAUGAAAACGGCAACGAUACUGCCUCGCAACUGACAGCGCACAUUCAAAAUCUACGCUCGGAAGUAGAUCAGCUACGGGGUAAUUUGGCUGCUGCAGAAAAGGAAAGCAAGGAGAAAUCUCAACAAUUUGCUCAGGAAGAAAAAUGCAUUCGAGACGAAAAUAAGCGCCUACAACGGAAAUUACAACAAGAAGUGGAACGUCGUGAAGCUCUCUCUCGGCAUUUAUCAGAGUCGGAGUCUUCGCUGGAAUUCGAAGAGGAACGCUUGUUCAACGAGAGUGUUUCGGCAUUUGGUGGUGCCGGUAGCAGCGGUAAUCGACCGCUCAGUCCCGGUGCCUUGACAAGGUGUCACGCAUGCGGUCAAUUAGUUACUCGUCGAACCAGCGAACGGUUCAUCAAGCCAGCGAUUCCAAUAGGUCUCAAUACAUCUGCACCGAACGUCUUGCAUCAUCACAACAGCAUGGGUGCUCACUGCCAUCCCGCUGGAGGAAGCACCGGAAGUGGUACCAGCAGUGGACAUUUCCCGAUGCUGUCCACCGGUGCUGGAGGUGGAGGUGGCAAUGCUGCUACCAAUACCUCACUGAACAGUAGCAUUUCGUCAUCCUCAACAUACAACACGAGCAGUAAUAUUUCCUUCAGCGGAAAUUCGUCCUUUGUGCAGCCGGCCAGUCCAAUGGAUACCUCAAUGUGUAAGGACUAAGCGCGUACAAUUUACUCUGUAAUCAAAUCGGGCACGAUACACCUUCUCUAACAGCAUUGUUUUGAUUACAGAAAAAAACCAUACAUUAAUAGCAAGUCAACACGUAUGAAUCGAUAAAGAGCUGAAUGAAUGCCCUUAUUGUUACUGAUUUACUAUUUCUUAUAUCUAUUAUUUACGAAUUAGUCAUUUAUGAAUAUAUUUUGUGAAACAAAAUUCAACAAUUCAAGUGCGCAGCGUUGUGCAGUGCACCGGAAAACGAAGUUGGUGCGUUGCAAUUUGUUCGACACAAGGCGAGCUUAGGGUGAUAGUGUGUUAGGAUAAAUCUCAUAAACAUUGAACUUAUUUUGGAUAGAAUUACACCAGAAAACAAAUUAAUUAGAAUGAAGCUCAAAGUCACGUCCUUAUACUGGUGUUUCGAGCCACUUGGUUGAAUGCUAUUGACAACGAACAAAGUGAGUUUUAGUCGUUCUCGGGAAGCUUGAUUCUACAACGAUGUGUUCAUCAUCUAAUUUAUCUGACUUUAUAAAAGGAUCAACCGUACGCGAAGAAUUAUCGAAAUAAGAGAAUAUUGUAGAAUGUGUCUGCAAUAAUAUUCAACCAACUGGAAUGAUGAAUCCACAUGCGUAAUGGUUCAGGUUAGAAAAAACAUUUAUUGCUAAGCAAUCUAUCAAUUUCGUUACACAGUGGAAAUAGUCCUAACACACGCUGGGUGUUAUAAAGACAAUUUAUAUUUGAUUUAUCGUCGAUGAAUGUCGUACUAUACAAUAAAAGCGCAGUAAAGCUACAGCAUGAAUAUAUAUUAUCUAAUACUAGAGGAAUUUUAAAAUGUUACUAGUUAUCGUAACAGGAUAAUGAAUGUGCUGCUCAGAGAUGGAAAUAUUCGAGGUGUUUAGAGUAAGGAAGGCUACAUUGGUUGCAGGAAGAAUGCGGUAACUUAACGAAAGCUUAAAUCCACUUGCAGGUAGCGCUACGAAGUACUAAUUCUGCAGUAGUCGAACCAGGAGAGUACUUAUUAAUACACAUACAUGUACACAGCACCUGCUUCUUUCAUCGUAUCUGAAACAUUAAAUGAUCAUAAGAACACUCCCAUCCGCUCAUGCUAUUCAAAGCUGUAAGUAUAAGGAAUGCAAGAAGAAGCAUCGUUUAUAACUGAUCAUACCCAACUUUAACAAUACCACAAUUGACUACUUCGAAACAAAACAAUCGAACUAAACAACAACAAAAACAAGAACACUGCAUAAUUGUUAAAUUAUCGAAAUACAACAGAACACACGUACGGAUUGCCAACGUAUCCUAGAUGCAGCCAGCGCUAGCAAGCAAGUGUAGGAUUUACAGUCAGAUAGAUAGCUUGAAAAUAGUAUGAAAACUGUUUUCUCUUUCACUCUCUCCUAUGCGUUACUAAAUACCUAGAGAACUGAUGAAAUGAUUAUUAACUCAAAACACGAUACUGAAACUCAAAUGUUAUCCUAUUUUACUUCACAUUCGGCUAUACGAGUAAAUGUACAUCAAAUAGGUAACGGUGCCGUAAACGUACUGAAUCUAACGUUCGAUUGCUUUAUACAAAUCAUAGCAAAGCGUGAAAGAGAUUCCCAACAAUAUAUUUUGUGUAAAUUUGCUAUAUCAUUUUAUUAUAAAAGUUUUACAUUAAUAACCAUAAGCUGUGGACUAUUAGCCAUCUGCACCCAAGCACUUGAUCAAAGAUGAUACACGAAACGGCUAUUUCAGGAAAUAUUUUCAGAUUUCAUCCGAUUGCGCAUCCUAACGUUGAUAAUUUAAGUUUAUUUGCUUGAUGCGUAAGACGUUACGAGUGUGUCGCGUAAACAGUGAACUGAUUUUCUUGUUCGUUCAUAAUCAUCCUUCGAUGUAACCUUUGGCGUCAGUAUGAAAUUUCAGUUCGAACUGGCAAGCUGAUAAAAAUAAGAAAAUUCCAGUGUAUUUUAACAUAAUGUUCGAUCACAAUCGCAACGAAAAAAAAUAGUUGAGCGAACUGUCUUUUCACAUGAGACUCAAAUAUUUGCCUGUCAGCUUACGCGCUAUAUCUAUUACUAUUAUAAUUUUUACGAUACAGGAUCUUUGAUGAAUAAAUAAUCGUAAUAAACGUUAUAAUUGAAUGUUGCGUCGAAAAUAAAUGCAGUAGAGAAAUUUUCUCACCCACCGUUGGGACAAAAUAA